CACGCCCCCGAUCGCUGGUUCUGCGCGUGUCGCUGCUUGCAAGAGCUUCUACAGACCCCGCAGACCCAUGAGCAGCUCGCCGGGCCAUUUUCCGCGUUAGUUUCGCGACGUCGCCAGCUCUGCUCGCGCUGCGCGGUUCACGUCGCGUGCCGGAGCAAAUGAGCGCCAACCUCGCACCUCUAGCUAGUGUGGAGUGCACCCUUCAAAACGCGCCUUCGAUCCCUCCGGUCUCCACAGCACGGCCAGACUGCCCACGGCCAACCCCUCGGCGGCCAUGUCGACUUCAUCUGCCAUGGUAGUGGGGAACCCGGCCAUGCAGCAGACGCCGGCGUCGCCUGCUGCCGACGACGACGACGACACGGGCGGGAUACCGCGUCGUCCAAUGCGAGUGAAGGUGCUCUACACAUUCGACAACGAGAACAAGACAAACUGCCUGGCACGUCUGCCGGACGUCCUCAACAUCCCGGUCGUAUCUCUCGACGAGAACACCCAGGUCGGCGUCAUCGAGCUGAAGACAUGUAUCGACACCAUUGUCACUGCAAGUCCCGAACUCACCGCGAAGCUGGGCCACGACUACACCGUGUACGCAUACGACUUCUCCGAGUACGAAACCCCUCUGGUCGGCCAAGGAAUGCUUUCGUGGAUCCUGGCCUCUGCUUCGGCCACCCCCAAUGCCCCCGCUGAAGACUCGCAGACAAUGGUCACGGGUCGUGUGUGCAAGAACAUCCUGGGUCUCUUCUCGAACGGUAUCAAAGAGACAUUGGAGGUGAAACUCAAGCUUGUGCCUGUGCCGACGUCCAUGCAGAAGGAGUAUGUCGAGAACAUGGAACGCUACCACAGCCUGAGCCAGAUCAUACCCGGGGGCUUCGAUUACACCGCAUGGUCUGAAUUCCUGAAAGAGAAUCCCACGCUUGGUCAGCUGGCCCAACCAGUGCCGUUCACCCCGCCUACACAGCCUCCAGCCCGCCCAUCCACUGGUGGCUACGAGCCAUUCCACCAGAUGCUCACACGUCACAGUCCUUCUCAGGAGCCCGUCAGGAACGAAUCCUUCUACAAGCAGUCGAAUGCGUCCUUCGGGUCUCAGCCGUCGCGAGCCUCCAGCCCGGCACGCGGUGCCCCCUUCCGCCACAUCCCGUACAAACCUGAACCGCGCCAUGUCACGUACAACCCCGAACCGCGUCCUAAUUCACGAGCAUCUGUUCGAAGCGACAUGUCGACACAUUCGCCGCAAGGCCCGAUCGAUCCACAUUACACUAUCGAAAUGCAAGGGGAUGGGCCACCGAAAAAGAGAGCACGCAUCACACAGGCAACUCGACCACGGAACACCCCCCUCACAGCUCGCAGCGACUCAUUGCACAAGACUGCCGCCACAGCCUCAUCUGUUUGGCUCCACCGGCCAAUCGCUGCAAAUCCGGCCUCCACCUUUGCUGACGCCGAGUCACAACCACGGGCGCUGACACCGCGGCCAGGUGACAGAGCCUUUGGCGCACCACAAUACCGCCGUGUUCCCGCACCAAGCGCUUUGCGCCAUGGAUCUAUGGAUGCUGGACGACCAUAUGUAUCGCCGUAUGAGACGGGUGUCUUUUCUGACACGGCUAUGGACUCGUGCGAGGACGAAAGAGAUGGCAGUCCCGACGAAACACCCCGAAACAUGCCGUCCUCGCCGCCCAUAGUUCGCCAACCCACUUCUCCUACACCGUCAAGUCCUCCUCUACCGACCUUUCCCCAGUUAACGGAUUCAGGCUUCGUUAGUGACGUAACCCAGAGCAGAGAGGAGGAAAAUGUUGAAGCUGGUAGUACAGUGCCAGAUGACAGUAACCUGGUAACAAAAAGUACAGCAAGAGAUGUUGCCAAAGACACAGCGAAAGACGCAGCGAAAGACACAGGAAAAGACACAGGAAAAGACCUGGCGAAAGACGCGGCGAAGGACACGGCGAAAGACGCAACGAAAGACGCAACGAAAGACGCAACGAGACGCCGCAAACAACUUGCGCGCAUGGAAGUCGCCCCUUACGACAAAUCACACAAGCCAUGGCAAGAGGUCAAUCCCGGUCCCGCGGAGCGCCUACCCCAGACCUACAUCCCGCCUCCAAGAUCGUUCACACGCGAGCCUUAUAAGCAGGUCGCUCAGAGCAUCGAGACCGAGACGUGCAAUCAGAAGCCAGUCCGCGCGGAUCCCUCGAUGACGAAGGCACCUGGUUUGCCUCGAUCUCAAACACUUCAGGAGUACUCAGACGCUAGUGUGAUUUCCAAGAGACCACGACAGCCGCCCACGGACUCGUUUCCCUUUCCUCCCCUUGAGCAGACACAAACGGUCAGCAAAGCUGGAUCUCCCGACUCACCGUUCUCACAGUGCUCACCCGAGAGCGAGACCGCGGGACAGGUCUAUAGCCGCGAAGCUACCCCAAACGGCCCCGCCAAACGACCCGUAGCGCCAAGAACAAAGGGUCUACCCCGAUCGAACACGUGGUCCGGCAUAGGAGAAUUCAUGUCAGAUGCUCCUACGCCAUCUGAAUCUACAGCUAACGAUCCACGACCUCCACGAAGCGGGUCACACGCCAAGCGGAAGAAAUACAUCAAAGAGAGGCUUCAAAGUGCACUUAAAAGCGGAGACAUGCCCGAUCACUGUCAUAACUGUGGAGAGAUCGAGACUCCAACAUGGAGGAAGCCUUACACUCGCGUUGAAAUCGGCAUCCCGGAAGACAUCGUAUUGUCUUCUGCUGGCAUCGUGGCUUACGAAGUCAUAGAAACAGAUCCAGAAACCGAGGAGCCGAUGUAUCGCAUAUACAAGAACAAGCUCACAUUGCGAGAAAGGGAGGCUGAACUGUUCGAGACGAUGAAUCUGUGUAAUCCAUGCGGUUUGUGGCUUGCCAAGAAUGGCAGAUCAAGACCACAAAAUUUGUGGGUCAAGGACGCGUCGAAGGCAUCGCGACGGAAGCGGGUACCAAGCACCCGCAGCAAAUCCCAAUCACAGAAUGACGAUAUUGCCUCGGAUGCUGGAGAUCCAGAGAAACAGCAAGAGCCUGACAGUCAAGCCGAAAAAGACAUGCCUCCACCGUCUACGAGACCUUCAGGGAACGGCAAUGCUGCCAGUCAAGACGAUGUCUCUGGCAGCGCUGAGGCUGAGGCUGCAUUCGAACGAGCGAUUCAAUCCAGCCCAGCUGGGUUCCGGAGAAGCAAAGACUCUUCAGUAGAUGUCGAUCCUGACUUGACUCCCAAACCCACACGCCGACUGCUCUUCCCAUCUCCACGCAAAAAUGGUGAGCUUAAGACACUUGCCUUGAAGCAAGAGAAGAUCGACAAAUCGAAUCGGAUAGUGAUCCACAAAGGAGAGGUGGCACCUGAAAAUCCUCGAUGUGAGCGGUGCCGGAAACUCAAGAAAUUGUGCGAUCGUCAGCGACCAUGUGGCCGCUGCGUUGUCCAGGGACUAGAGUUUGAUGAGUGCAUCCCGGCUACGAUGAGGAAAGAUGUGUACAGGCGUAAUCCCAAUCAGCCCACUGCGGAAGCGGCCCCUACACCCGACGGAUGUGCUGCAUCCGCAUCGCCUGCACCAUCUGGUGCACAGGAUUCAUUGGGGGUUCCAGAUGAGCCGGUCAUGAGUGCCGCAUCUGCUGUGGCCCCAUCGCCUGCUUCACCUGCAGACCCUGAUGUGCCAAUGCCUGCGACUGUGGACGACGGCGAAACCGACAAAGAGAAUUGCCCACCGCCUGCGCUCGACAACGAGCACGACGAUCUGGCGUACCUGUUUGAGACCCCGGGGCUUGCAAAGUCUACCCCAAGGAAGGCCACCCCAAGGAAAGACGACGCAUUCUCUGACCUCCUCAAGACUCCUACCCCGGGGUCCCGUCGUCGCCCGCCAUUGACCCCACGACGAGGCGACGAUGACGCAGAGCAGGCCAUGACACCUUCCCGAAGCAUCUUCACGCCGCGUACGAUGCGUCCUGCCACAGCUGCGCCGGAAACGCCAUUCACUCGACAACUUAACGCAAUGCUAUCUGAUGCAAACAACUCGUCUCCCUCGCAAGUUUUCGACUUCUCUUCCUUUCCUGUCUUCGAUACCCCUGCUCGCGCGAGUGGGGCGCAGUUCUCAGAUCUAUUCAACAACGACUUCUUGUCCAGCGACAUGCCUGCAUCGAGUUCGCCGGAAGGGACUGGCAUGUUGGGACUUGGGUUUGAUCUGUACGAAGAUCCUAGCACAUCAUCUGCGGGACUUUGGCCCGAUCCAGACAUGUUCAGCAGCGAUGCUGUCAUGCUAGAUCUCGACGAAGACAAGAAUGUUUCAGACAAGAGCGACGGUCCUGGCGCGACUACCCUACUCAAGAUGACUGUUGGCGGCAUCACAGUGGAUUUUGCUUCAAUGAUUGAGGAGGUCGUUGGCAACAAUGAUGAAGAAACAGACUCUGUCGAACACGCUGUCGAUACAAGCGCUACCGACACGACCGAUGUCGACACGAACGAUGUCGACACAAACGAAGUUGAUACAAACACGGCAAACACACACGAUGCCGACACAAAUGCUGCCGACACAAACACUGUCGCCACAGAUGCUGUCGACACAGAAGAGGUUUGUUCUGCGACAGUUGAGAGCCCCAAGACGAUGGAGGCGCAAUCGAACACAGAGGUGGUUGAACGUGAGACAAGUCCGGAGGCGAUGAGCCAGGGUCUAGCACAGACUCCUGAGGCUCCUGAGGCGGAAUAAACAUGAUGACAUGAUUUGACGGCAGCUUGCCGGUUUGCGUUCCUAGGAUCAUUAAAGGCGUUACACGGUGAUCGGCAUUAGCAUAGAACGGCGUGGUUCACAACCGCCACACGAGGCAUGAUUUGAACUUUUGGAGAUAUACCACUGGCGCAGCGGGAAGCGGUUGAAUAGAUAGACCCUGUAGUAUUAUUACGGCCUCCCUUACGGAGGCCAACACCCAUGAAUCAAGAACAAGACACCUUA